UUGUAUAAUGGAGUCUCUGAAGCGAGUGAUUUUCAGCCUUUUAUUCCUGCCACUUAUCCCCGUCUGCAGAGUGGAGGAUACAGCUGCAUCUUCUUCUCCAGAGAUCUCUAUUGUGAGAGUUGAUCCCAUGGGUGUCAUCCUGGAGUGUGAGGCUGGAGGGUUGAUCUACAGACCUGAGAUGACCUGGCUGGACAGUGAUGGAAACAUCCUCCCUGAUGGACCGACAGAGACAGACUCAGAGGGUCACUACACUGAGAUGACAUGUGUCCAUCCAGAAGACUGACAACAACAUGUUCACCUGUAGAGUUCAACAGCAUCAGAUCAACCACAAGAUGGAGACAGAGAUUCAUGUCCCAGGUGAGGUCUUCAUUAGUUAACCUGAAUACCAGACACC